GAGAUGGAAAAUCAGACUGAAAUAAAAGAGUUUAUACUCUUGGGACUUUCAAAAGAUCCUUAUAUACAAGAUUUUCUUUUUGUCUUGUUUUUAAUAAUCUUCUUAGUGACAUUAUUAGGCAACAUGGUGAUUAUACUUGUGACGAGGAUUGAGUUUACCCUCCAGACUCCCAUGUUCUUUUUUCUCAGACAUUUAGCUUUUGCCGACAUCUGCUAUUCAUCAGUUACUGUUCCAAAAUUGUUAGGAAACCUCAUAACAAAGAAGAAAACCAUUUCUUGGGAAGGAUGCAUUUCACAGAAUUUCUUCCUUUUCCAAACAGUUUGUGCAGAAGUGUUCAUCCUCUCAGCAAUGGCUUAUGAUCGAUAUGUUGCUAUAUGUGACCCACUGCAUUAUACCAUAAACAUGACCAAAGAAACCUGUAAACAGUUAGUGGGUUUGUCCUGGGGAAUGGGUUUCUUGUACGGUAUGGCAAAUGCACUGCCACUGUUAAAUCUGCAGUUUUGUAGUAACAAUACCAUCAGACAUUACAGCUGUGAACUUCCCUCACUUUUGGCUUUGUCUUGUAUCAAUUAUAUUGUUCUUCUUAUCUCUAUCUUUAUAUUUGGUUUGAGUUCAUUUCUUUUCACCCUGGUGUCUUACAUUUACAUCAUUUCAACCAUCCUGAAAAUUAAUUCAGCAGAAGGCAGGCAAAAAGUGUUUUCCACCUGCAGUUCCCACCUCAUUGUAGUGGGCUUAUUUUACAUUACAGGUUUCUUCCGGUAUACAAAGCCAAAUUUAGAAUCACUCAUGGAUUUGGACAAAGUGAUCUCUAUUCAGUAUAGCAUCCUAACACCAAUGUUGAAUCCCAUCAUAUACAGUCUCAAGAACAAAGAGAUCAAAUCUGCUUUGGUGAAAUUGUUUGGAAAAUAUAACCCCAUUUCUAAUCCAUAA